GCCUUGCUUCGCGCCACCCGAUUGGUGCAAAGAACUUUCUUCUACCGAAGGCCGCGCAGAGGUGUGUGGCGUCGCGCGGAUGGCUCGCGGGAGGCGCGGCCAGCCGUUGCCAAGGGGACAGGGGACAGGGGUGGAGCGGCUCCCGGCGGAACACGCUUUUAAAUAAGCGGCUGGAUUCGAAGUGUCUCGAGCACUCGGACGGGGUAUCGCGGCACCUGGAAGAAGCGCUCCGAAGAGCUUUUCCUGUCUGAGGAGAAAAGGGUCGCGUUUCGAGGAAAAAAAGUUGUCGAAAGUCGCUCAACAAUGUGCGGGAUUUUUGCGUAUCUGAAUUACCGUGUGCCAAGGACAAGGAGGGAGAUAUGCGAGACACUAAUAAAGGGGCUGCAGAGGCUCGAGUACAGAGGGUACGAUUCAGCAGGUGUUGCUGUGGAUGGUCACAGCAAAGAUUUGAAAGAUGACAACAAUAACAUCUGCCUUAUUAAGAAGAAGGGCAAAGUUAAGGCCCUAGAUGAAGAACUGUACAAAAAAGAUACAUUCAGUAUGGAUGAGGAGAUGGACAUCCACUUUGGUAUUGCUCACACCCGUUGGGCGACCCAUGGUGAGCCCAGUGCCGUCAACAGCCACCCACAACGCUCCGACAAGAAUAACGAGUUUGUAGUCAUACACAAUGGCAUCAUUACCAACUACAAGGAGCUCAAGAAGUACCUGAAUUCCCAGGGCUACGAGUUUGAAUCAGAGACAGACACAGAAGUCAUUCCCAAGCUUAUCAAGUACCUGUAUGACAACCGUGAGAGUGAGGAUGUAUCCUUCUCCAUGCUUGUGGAGCGAGUCAUUCAACAGCUGGAAGGUGCCUUUGCUCUGGUUUUUAAAAGUCGUCAUUUUCCAGGCGAAGCAGUUGCCACCAGGCGAGGGAGUCCUCUGCUCAUUGGUGUGCGGAGUAAAUAUGAGCUGUCUACAGAUCAAAUUCCCAUCCAGUAUAAUUCCGCCCCUCACCACCCUGUCCUGCAAGAUGGUGCUGCGAAAGCUCCCUCAGCCCCUGAGAGCCAGAGUGAGAGCGAGCCCCAAGGACACUUUAACGAAGGCAUUCAACAGAGGAACAGCCGCAACCGGUCUGACAGCUCCAGUGCCCUGCACUCAGUGGGGGAUGGAAAGGCUGUCGAGUACUACUUUGCCUCUGAUGCCAGCGCCAUCAUCGAGCACACCAACAAGGUGAUCUACUUGGAAGAUGACGACAUUGCAGCCGUGGCCGAGGGCAAGCUGUCACUGCACCGCAUGCGGCGGCAAGCCGGCGAGGACCCGGUGCGUGCAGUGCAGACCCUGCAGAUGGAGCUGCAGCAGAUCAUGAAAGGUAACUUUGAGUCUUUCAUGCAAAAGGAGAUCUUUGAGCAGCCCGAGUCGGUCGUCAACACCAUGAGGGGCAGAAUCUGCUUUGACAACAACAUAGUGAUCCUUGGUGGGCUCAAGGACCACCUAAAGGAGAUCAAGCGCUGCCGGCGCCUUAUCAUGAUUGGCUGCGGGACGAGUUUCCAUGCUGCAGUGGCGACUCGUCAGAUCCUGGAGGAACUGACAGAACUGCCAGUGAUGGUGGAGCUGGCCAGCGACUUCCUGGAUCGGAACACACCUGUGUUCAGGGACGAUGUCUGCUUCUUCAUCAGCCAGUCAGGAGAGACUGCUGACUCUCUAAUGGCACUGAGAUACUGUAAGGAACGAGGAGCAUUGACUGUGGGAAUAACCAACACUGUGGGCAGCUCCAUCUCGCGUGACACAGACUGUGGGGUCCACAUCAAUGCAGGACCUGAGAUUGGUGUGGCCAGCACCAAGGCAUACACAAGCCAGUUUGUGGCACUCAUUAUGUUCGGACUGAUGAUGAGCGAGGACAGAAUCUCUAUGCAAAAGAAGAGACUGGAGAUCAUCAAUGGCCUCAAGGACUUGCCAGAUCUGAUCAAGAAGGUCCUGACAUUGGAUAAGAAGAUCAAGAGCAUUGCAGAUGAGCUUUACCAGCAGAGGUCCCUGUUGGUCAUGGGCCGUGGUUUCAAUUACGCCACCUGCCUGGAGGGGGCACUGAAAAUCAAGGAGAUCACAUACAUGCACUCUGAGGGCAUCCUUGCAGGAGAACUGAAGCACGGCCCGCUGGCACUGAUCGACAAGCACAUGCCAGUCAUUAUGAUCAUCAUGAGAGACCCCUGUUACAGCAAGUGUCACAAUGCCUUGCAGCAGGUCACAGCGAGACAGGGGCGGCCCAUCAUCAUCUGCUGCGAGGAUGACCCAGAGAUCAUGAAGAGUGCGUACAAGACAAUCGAGCUGCCACAUACAGUGGACUGCCUCCAGGGCAUCCUCAGUGUCAUCCCUCUACAGCUCCUGUCCUUCCACCUGGCCGUACUGCGCGGCUAUGAUGUGGAUUGCCCCAGGAACCUUGCCAAAUCUGUAACAGUGGAGUAGAUUUGGAGAGGAAAUGGCAGGCAGGUGAAGUGUUGAAUAAGGAAGAGGCCUGCAAGUCAUAGUGCAAUUUGGUGUGUGUGAGUGUGGUGGUGCCUGAGUGAAUGUGUUUGUGUGUUGGUGCCAUGGAACUGGAAUAGAAGAGUGAAUUACUGUGCACAUGGGAUGGCCUGGACAUUUGACAAUCAGUGCAUCUUCAUCCAUCCUCUAGAGAUAAGUGAAGGAAAUUGAGCACUUUUUUUAAACAUUUGUGCUACAUACCAAAACCGCACUCGUCCUUAUACAUAAACCGAGGGAUGGGACUAAAAUGUAACAUUUACUUGUCAGGCUUGGUACACUGAAGUGUUUAAUACUGUGCAAUAUUUAUAACUGGAGUGACCCAAAAGCUCAAGAGGACAGGCCAGAGAGAUUUCCUUUGGAAAUGGCAGCCCACAUCAAGCCUUUUUGUGGUUGUUCAGAACUCCCUGGAAUCCAGAGUCCUGGAAUCCAGAGUCCAAUAAAGUGAGCUGUUCUCUUUAGCAGAACAACAAACCAAAUACAAGGUCUUUAAUAAAGCCAAGACAUCACAGAGACAGUGCUGUUCUACAGAAAUCUGAUGAAAUCACAGGCAUUUUCCCUGUAAAUAAUUUGCCAUCCCUAUGCUAUACAUUUUCUGCACUUUUGCAGUUUUGCUGUGUUUUAAUAGAGGUUCAGAGUUCCAAAAUCCUGCUUACUUUAGAGAAAAAAAUUACAUUCCUCAAAUAUAAAUGAUCUGUUUCACACUGGCAAGAAUCCAAAUGUCUUCAGCUCCAAAAUGCCCAUUCUAGAUUUCUAAGUUUUCAUUGUCAUGUUCUACAUUAUUUAUGGCUUCAUAUAAAGGAAAGGUGUGUGUUUUAUUAGCCUUGAAUAAUUUUGUAUUAUCUGCCAAAGUAUUUGUUAAUUUCUCUUUUUUUUCCUUUGUCUUGAAGAUUUUUGUACCUAACUGUGAGCAGUAUCUGGACUAUUUAAAUACAGGAAGAUCACUUGCCAGAAUGAAGAUUAUAUUUUAUGUAUCUUAUAGUAACUGGUGAAUUUAUAAGUCUGUGAAUGUAAACUAAUUUUUACAAAUA